AUGGAGGAUUUUAUUAAAUCAGCAUUUUGCUAUUUUGGAGGGCCAAGUCAGGGAGUAAAAGAGCAUGAAUUGGUAGGCGAGUCAGUUGGAAUAGGAAAAACUCACUUUCGGAUAAGGCGCGUAAUCGCGGAAGGCAUUAUGUUACUUUUAGGCGGUUAUGCUGUCGUAUUUGAGGGCUAUGACCCAUCUCAAGGAAAGUCGUUUGCUAUAAAGCGGCUUUUUGCGCAAGACCAGGAAGCCGUUACUGAUAUUAUGAACGAAAUUGAUAUACUGAAACGGCUCUCUGGACAUCCAAAUAUUAUGAAGUUCUUUGGGGUUGCAUGCGCUGGUAAGGAAAGGGGAAAACAAGUCGGGAACGAGUUUCUCAUCGUUACGGAACUAUGUUCGGGCAAGCAUACUCUACUUCUGCCAUCUGCUGCGCAUUUAUUUGAAAUGAUUUUAGGAGGUCCUCUAAAAGACUAUCUGCCUCCUUCUCAUCAAGGCAAGCACCUACCUUUGAAUAUUGUCUUACAAAUCCUUGCGCAGACCAGCUGCGCCAUACAGCACAUGCACAAGCAGUCACCUCCGAUAAUCCAUCGUGAUCUGAAAAUUGAAAAUAUUCUCCUCUCAGAAUCGUUCACCAUAAAAUUAUGUGAUUUCGGCAGUGCCACGACGGAAGCUUUUGCUCCUAGUGUGACGUGGUCGGCUGUUGAACGUGGUCGAGUGCAGGAAAGUCUGGAGAAGGUUACAACGCCUAUGUAUAGAGCUCCAGAAAUGUUGGAUUUAUAUCUCAACUAUCCCAUCAACGAAGCUCUGGACAUUUGGGCUUUCGGAUGCAUAAUGUUCUACCUAGUCUGUGGAUAUCAUCCCUUCGAAGAUUCGGCAAAACUGGCCAUCUUGAACGCAAAUUUCAAUCUCCCUCCCUGUGAUACCGGCUUUGAACCCUUUCAUAACCUGAUUCGCCAAAUGUUAUUGGUUGAUCCGACCCAACGGCCCAGCAUAAACUCCAUCUACGGUGAGCUCUCCGACCUUGCCACUACCAUAAACGUAUCUGCUUUCGACUCAAUCAUCUUCAAUGAGGAGGUGAAACGACGAUUGCGGAACUGUACGAAGCCAAAAGAUGCUCAUGCCGCUACUCCCACCGCUCUUUCCUCCUCUGAGGCGUCGGUUCCUCCUCUUUCACCCUCAUGUUCUUCGGGUCGACCUUCAGUUGGACCUGGCAUGAAUGUCUCUCGCAACACCCGACGCCACUGUGCACCCUCCCCAACCAAUGGAUCCAUUUCUUCCAACGGUUCGGCUGAAGCACCAGAGCGGCCUGCUGGUGGGGUGCUGGGUUUCCUCAAGGGUAGUGCAGGUCACUUGAUCAAAAAUAUUCGAGAGACGUCAUCCAAGGUUAUGGAAGCGGUGACUGCCGCUAUCCCAAACGACUUGGAUCUGCAGUAUAUUACCUCACGAAUAGCGGUAAUGUCCUACCCUGCUGAGAGCGGUCUCGAAACCGUUGUCGGUUCCCGCAAUUCCAUGGAGGAGGCCCAACUCUACCUAGACCGUCACCACCCUAAUAGCUACGCCGUCUAUAACCUCAGCUCACGAGCUUAUCGUUUUCCCCAUUGGUUUGGUGGCCGUGUUUCCUUCCGCCCCUUCGAGUCCAACCGAGCGCCAACGUUGUGGUCCCUCGUCGAGUUGUGCCAAAACGCGCGCCUCUGGUUGUCGCAGAAACCGGACAAUGUGUGCAUCAUUCACUGCACUGAUGGACGACAGCUGUCCGCAGUGUUAGUCUGUUGUCUCCUCUGCUUUUGCCGUGUGUUUACGGAGGCGUCUACGGCUGUAAAGUUUUUCGCCUCGAAGCGAGGACCUGUGCGACUUACGCCGUCUCAAAUGCGCUACAUCGAUUACGUGGCAAAGCUUGUGUCUGUACCGCCCCAAGUUCCGCAUAAUCAUCCAGUGGAAUUACUGAGCAUCAUCAUCGCCCCUAUCCCAUCUUUCAACCGACUCAAAAACGGUUGUCGUCCCUAUGUCGAUGUUUACCAAGGCAACAAGAAGGUCUUUUCGUCAAUGACUGACUACGAGUCUUUGCGGACCUACGAGUUCGAGGAUCGUAAAAUUGAGAUCACUUUCCUUGACCUCUCAGUUUACGGGGAUGUUACAAUCAGUGUCUAUCAUGCUCGCUCCUUCUUUGCUGGAAAGGGGAAGGCGGCGUCGGUCAAGAUAUGCCAAUUGCAAUUUCACACCGGUUUCAUUAAUCUUGAUGCUGGGAAGGUUACCUUCUUGAAAUCGGAACUGGACCACCUGCAUUCAUCCAACGCUGGCUCCCAAGGUAUCGGCACGCCAUCGACUAGUCGGUAUGCUGAGAGUUUCCACACUGUGCUCCACCUCUCCGUCUCACUUAACGAACGUCCACGGCAGGGUGCAGCCCUCGUCUUCCCUUGGGAGACCUUACCGCCCGAGAGCUCACGAAAACCCAUGCUUUGCUUCUCCGAUGCCUUCGAGAUGCGUUCGGUCAUGUCACCGGCUGCACUCAGGGCUGCUGGCUACUCAUCAACAGGUCACCCGUUAUCACCUUCUGGCAACUCUAGUCAACCACAAGCGCCUCGGUCACCAGUGAUCACGGGUAGAAAUGAAGGUGAGGCACGGCAAACAGGCGGGUAUGCUACUCCCACUUCGUCGAAGCCCACGUCAGCCGUGGAUACGCUGAUUGAGGGCCUGGAGACGAAUUAUCUGAGUAAAGAUGAGCCCUUGGAUUCCAGAGCGGAAGAGAAUCAGUCCUCGUCACCUACUACUGUUCCAAGUGAACCCCAAGCAGAUUCCAGCAAGACCUUAGAGGAAUCUGCUACCAUCGGUGAUCUCCUUGACAUAUCAACCGCCGCCUCCCCUUCCUCACCGUCAUCAUUAUCACCACCGCAGUCCAACCAUCCUCCUGCAACCGGUAACGCCGCGACACCAACAACGGAUUCUAUUUUUGAAGACCUCUUCACAUCCUCGGCUUCACCUUCCACACCGACGGCCAAGUCCGCCACUGCUGACUGGCACCACCCUUGGGGCGAGACGGCGGUGAAUCUCAAUCCCUUCGAUCCCUUUGGCACGGCCACUGAACCCCCGGAAGAGCAAACUCCCUCCAACUCUCCACCACCUCCUCCUGCCACCCCCAAAAAUCCCUCAGAUUUCGAUCUCUUCAAAAUGCGGUCUCAGGCCAAAGUGCACACCAGUAGUAGCACGUCAAAUCUCUUUACUUCCGUGCCGUCUACGAAUGCGGGUGCUUCAGCUGAAGCUCCAGCUGCCGGAGUGGGAGUCUCGUCCUUCGUGCACAUCUCUUCCUCGUCAUCGAACCUCACACGCGGUGGCAAUCCCUUCCAGGAGUUUGGCGAUAUCUUCGAGACUGCAGCGGCCAAGGCGAGCUCCCAUUCACAUAGCCCGGUGCAUCCAAGUAAGCAAUAUCCUUCCUCAUCAGUACCAAUGGGCGCAAAUAACACCGCUCGGCAGCCAUUGUUUACACCUCAACAAGCGACACCGACGCCGCCACCACCCCAACAACAACAGUACCAAUCGUCGGCUUCCUACACGUCGCCGAGGCACAACCCUGCACCGAACACCGCCUCACCUAGUUUUCAUGGUGCCCGGCCACGUGUCACGGAGGACACUUUUGAAGACCUUUUGGGCGGCUUUAGUUCUUCCUCUGGGGAGGCUUUUGGGAGCAGUAGACGCAACCAACAACCGAAAACGCUGGCAGAGAUUCGACAUCAGAAGCUGGCACAGACGGAAGAUCGCGAAGCCCUGAAGGUGAUUGAGUGGUUGGAGGGCAAGGAGAAGAAUGUGCGUGCCCUGCUCUGCACCUUGAACUCAGUGCUGUGGGAGGGUGUCCGAUGGGAGCAAAUCUCCAUGGCAGAUGUGAUGACUGUGAAACAGGUGAAGCAGCAGUACCGCAAGGCCGCUCGUGCUGUCCAUCCUGACAAGAUUCAAGCUACACUUGAUGAAGUGCGGGUUCAAGGUAAGCUGGAAGAUGGUCGAGAGUACAAUCGAGAGAGAGAGAGAGAGAGGAGGGGCACGGAGUACCGUGUCGGCAGAGUGACCCACGUCCAUGACUCAAAGUUCACCGGUAAACGCGUGGGUGGAUUGGACAACUCCUGCACAAAUACACGCCACAACUCGUCCUUGCGAUACUGUUACACCGAAGUGCCCACGAACUUUUUGCAGUCACCUGAGGUGUGGAUGAAUACGGAACACAUGAACAUGGCGAAGCUGAUCCUCAUGGAGCUCAACGACGCCAUGGCAGAAUUUGAGCGUCAAGAGGAGUGCACAGCAUGA